AUGAGGACGUGGCUCCUGCUGUUGGGCCUUGCCCUUGUGGCACUCGCCGUCUAUGCUAAUGAGGAGAAGAAGGAAACUGAUUCGGCUGUAGCCACCUCAGAGACUGAGUUGAUCCGUGAGAAGAGGGCCGCGAAGAAAAAUCUUGUCGGAUCUUUCGUUCACAAACUUCGCUCUCCACUCCGUAAGCGUCACCACAAGCGCCGUCAUGCCAUCAAACGCCGUCAUCACAAGAAGAGAAGAGGACACCGCAAGGGACACAAGAAGUCUCUUCACAAGAGAAGAGCCCACAAGAAGCGCUCAUCACUCCGCAAGCGCAGAGCUCACCACAAGCGCUCCUCAAUCCGCAAGCGCAGAGCUCACCACAAGAAGGCCGCUCUCCGUAAACGUCGUGCUCACAAGAAGCUCCGCUCGCUUCGCAAACGCCGUGCCCACAAGCGUGCCUCCAUCCGUCGCCGCCGUAACCACCGCAAACUCCGCAAACACCGUGUCCACCGCCGUCAACGUAACGUCCGCAAGCACCGUGCUCACCGCAAGGCUCACCAACUCCGCAAACGCCGUGCUCACAAACGAGCUCUCCUCAAGCGCCGCCGUGCUAACCGCAAGGCCCACAAACGAUCGCUCAUCAAGCGUCGUCGCGUCCACCGCCGCCGUGUCGCUAAGAAGCACGCCAACCGCAAACACCGUCGUGCUUUGAAGAAGAGACGCCACACCCGAUCGGUCUCUUUCUCUCAACGCAAGCGUGCUCACAAGCGUGCCCGCAUCGCCAAACUCCGCUCAAUCCGCAAGCAACGCAAGAUCCGCAAGCACCGUCGUGCUCUCCGUGCUAAGCUCCAGCGUCAACGCAAAGCUCACCGCCGAAACCUCCACCGUCGCAUCCGAGCUCAUCGCCGUGCUCACCGCCGAGGUGCCCGCAAGCACCCCGGCGCCGCUCGCAAACAUCGCAAACACCGCAAACACCACAAACGCGGU